GAUGGGAGCCCCCGGUAUUGAAGACAGAUGUCCCCUUGGGCUUGCUUGGUCCAUCGCGCCACGAGUUUUGGGGGACAUUCGCCCCACGCUGUAAGAGCAGCCAGUUCCGGUACUACUGCCCUUCGCCUUUGCCGCAGAAGCUGCCUGAGAGGGGGAGGGGGUGGGGGGGGGUCAAUGGUUUCUCCGCCGUCGUCAUUGGCUGAGCGCCUCGUGACGUCACUCCGAGGCGCCUCAUGCGUCGCCGCGCGUGGGUCCCAGAGGCUUCUGGGUAGCGGUUUACCCCCGCCCCUUGCGUCGGUGCCUUCCUUUUCCUCCCUGACGCCGCCGAGGUCGCACGCGUGAGGCCUCUCCGACGCCGCCGCGAUGCGCUACGUCGCCUCCUACCUGCUGGCCGCCCUCGGGGGCAACCCUUCCCCGAGCGCCAAGGACAUCAAGAAGAUCCUGGACAGCGUCGGCAUCGAGGCGGACGACGACCGGCUCAACAAGGUUAUCAGCGAGCUGAACGGAAAGAACAUUGAGGACGUGAUUGCCCAGGGUAUUGGCAAGCUUGCCAGCGUACCUGCCGGUGGGGCUGUGACCAUCUCUGCUGCCCCAGGCUCUGCAGCUCCUGCUGCUGGUUCCGCCCCCGCUGCCGCAGAGGAGAAGAAAGAUGAAAAGAAGGAGGAAUCUGAAGAGUCAGAUGAUGACAUGGGAUUUGGCCUCUUUGAUUAAACUCCUGUUCCCCUGCAAAUAAAGCCUUUUUACACAUCUC